AUGCGUAGGAAUAUUUUAAAAAAAUCUUUAUUUUUUCUAGCAGCUUCUUUGAUGGAAAUAGUUUCAUGCUCUCCAACAAUUAUUGAUAUCGAUGUUCCCUUUGUUAAUUACAUAGAUACUUUCUAUUAUUUCGAUGGUGAUAAUGACGGGCAGGUUACCGUCAAACCACGUGACAACGGGUUGUCUGUAAUCGUCCAAAAUUCUGAUAACAUCUGUGAUGUUUUGAAAACUGGCAGCAUUGUGUAUACGAUGGAUGGCAAAGAAGAAACCACAACCUUAGUUACUUGGGAUAGCGAAUUUUGUGAUGUUAUUACUUAUAAUGGCCAAAAGUUGAACUGGAAUAACGUAUUAGUUUAUGCAUGUGAUGAUUCCUCCGCUAGUUCUUCGUCCACAGUUAUUGAAUCUUCAUCUACCGCCAUUAGCUCUGCCUCUGCAGUUGAAUCAUCUGCCGUUAUUGGGUCUUCAUCUACAACCAUUAGCUCUGCCUCUGCAGUUGAAUCAUCUGCCGUUAUUGGGUCUUCAUCUACAACCAUUAGCUCUACAUCUGCAGUUGAACCAUCUUCCGUUAUUGGAUCUUUAUCUACAACCAUUAGCUCUGCCUCUGCAGUUGAAUCAUCUGCCGUUAUUGGAUCUUCAUCUACAACCAUUAGCUCUGCCUCUGCAGUUGAAUCAUCUGCCGUUAUUGGGUCUUCAUCUACAAUCAUUAGCUCUGCCUCUGCAGUUGAAUCAUCUGCCGUUAUUGGGUCUUCAUCUACAACCAUUAGCUCUACAUCUGCAGUUGAACCAUCUUCCGUUAUUGGAUCUUUAUCUACAACCAUUAGCUCUGCCUCUGCAGUUGAAUCAUCUGCUGUUAUUGGAUCUUUAUCUAAAACCAUUAGCUCUGCUUCCAUGGUUGAACCAUCUGCCGUUAUUGGAUCUUUAUCUACAACCAUUAGCUCUGCCUCUGCAGUUGAAUCAUCUGCCGUUAUUGGAUCUUUAUCUACAACCAUUAGCUCUGCCUCUGCAGUUAGAACGUCUAUUAUUAUAGAACCUUCAUCUACAACUAUUAGCUCUGCCUCUGAAGUUAGAACGUCUAUUGUUAUAGAACCUUCAUCUGCUUCUAUUGGAUAUGCCUCUGCAGCUGGGUCAUCCAAUGGGGACUUUGUUUCCUCUUUAAGUUCCAUUUAUGCUUCUUCUACUUUAUUGAGCUUUUCAUCCAUUCCUGUGGAUGCUGAAUCGUACAGUAUUAUUGAUACAGCCUCUCAUACUCCUAAUAACUUUUUAUCUUCCUCAAGCGUGGUUUACAGCUCUUCUGUUUUGCCAAGUUUAUCUGUGCCUACGGAUGUUUUCAAAUCAUCUAGUGAUAUUGCAGCUUCUAUUACCACGACUGGAUCGAGUAGUUCUACAAUUAUCUCUUCGGAGUCUUUAAGCUCUAAUUAUGACAAUUUCAAUACAGGAUCUUCCUUUGUUUCUGUAUCUACAGCUCUAUCUCCUGAUCCUAUUAUUACCUCUUACUCUUUACCAUCAACAUCGAUUAUUAUUUCUACUUCAUCUUCCUCCUCGUAUAUUGAUGACAGUAUUACUUCUACAGUCAUUUCUAGCACUACCAUUCCAGCUACCGCUUCGCUUUCCUCUUUGCCUCAUAGCAAUUCCGCAAUUGACUUUAAAACGGGUUCAGAUAUUGCUUAUACUUCCGGUAAUACCGCAGGAGUUUCGGUUCCCUCCUCACAUGCUACCCCCAUUUCAUUUUUUUCUGUUAGUAACACAAAUGGGAAUACCAUUACCGGUGUUAUUUCAGGUUCUGAAACCAUAAGUACUCCAGAUGUCUCGCAUACAAUUUCUAUGAGUACCAGUAGAGUACAAACGUUUGUUCUUCAAACCUAUAUUACUACCAUAGACAAUACCAUCACCUCAUAUACCACCUAUUGUCCAUUAACCACUGGAUCCACGCAUUCCUCAUUAUAUAGCAAUAGUAAUGCUGCUACCGUUAGGGAAAGUAUAGCAGUUGUUGGACCUGCACCAAUAGCCACUUCUUAUGUUACUAGAUAUGUUACAGAAAACACUAAUUCUGGUGAAUUGGUUAUUGCCCGCCCAAUAACCGUUAAAUCGGUUGGUACUAACAGUUUAUCAACUAGCACGUAUGUCACCUAUACAACUGUUACUAUUACUACCGAAAAACAGCAAAUCACCUCUGAAACUAUUGAUUUGGGUUUAACUACUGUUUGGGAAACUAUCACCUCUUGUGCAGGUGUUAGCAGAUGUGUUGUUACUAGUUCUCCACUUGUUUCCAGUAUUACUUCACCUUUAUCUGCUACUACCACCAAUACCGUCACUUCUUGGGAAACUUUAUACGGAAACAAUAUUGUAACCUCUGUUCCAUACAAUGUUAUUCAUACUGCUUUUGUUCCAGUUGUUUCUACCAGUACGACGGUUUCUGGUAUUGUAACCCCUACAACCAUUAGAACUACACCGUUCGCCACUGUUGCUACUGCCAUUCAGGGUUCAGCUACUACUAUAAUUACUUCUAUUAUUCAACAACAAUCUAGCAACAACAACAACAACAACAACUAUAUUUUAAGCACUCAAGGGGUGAGUAGCGUUGCCGGUACCAAUAGGAGUGGUACUAAUAGUAGUAACACUUAUGGUAAUGUUGUUACCACGGGUGGCAUUUCUAUAUACGAAGGUAAAGCCAACAAUAUUAUUUUUAGUAAGGUUAUAAGUUUAUUAGUUGUUGGAAUUUUAAACACUUUUUUAAUUAUUUAG